UAGUGGGCCUGCCGCGUGCAACGACAUUCAAGUACAGUGUAGUCUGGUCAAAAAAGAGAGACAGACAGAGCUUAGUAAACAAAUGGAGUCGGAGCUCAACAGAGAAGAAGCAGCAACUGUUAAACCAAUUCGUUGCAUCGUCAAACUCGGAGGUGCAGCAAUUACGUGUAAGAAUGAGUUAGAGAAGAUCAAUGAGGAGGAUCUUGUAACCGUUUGCUCGCAGCUGCGGCUUGCAAUGAUGUCAGGAUCAUUGUCCGAUGAGGUCCUUAGUUUGGAUUGGAGCAAGCGGCAUGGUGGCUCGGUCACUGUUCCCGUUGUGGAGGAUUUCACCGAUCAGUUGGUUUCGGGAUCUAACAACUUUGUUGUUGUCCAUGGAGCUGGUUCGUUUGGGCACUUUCAAGCUAGCAAGUCUGGUGUUCAUAAAGGGGGUUUAAACCAGCCUCUUGUGAAGGCUGGUUUUGUUGCUACUCGUAUAUCGGUUACCUCCCUCAAUCUUGAAAUUGUUAGAGCACUAGCAAGAGAGGGAAUUCCUUCCAUUGGAAUGUCACCAUUUUCAUGUGGAUGGUCAACUUGUAAAAGAAAGAUAGAUUCAGCUGAUGUGACUAUGAUAACGAAGGCCAUCAACUCCGGUUUUGUGCCUGUUCUGCAUGGAGAUGCUGUACUUGACUCCUCACUGGACUGCACGAUAUUGAGUGGAGAUGUAAUUAUAAGUCACCUAGCAGCACAGAUGAAGCCAGAAUUUGUUGUUUUUCUUACAGAUGUGUUGGGUGUCUAUGACCGUCCUCCAUCAGAACCUGAUGCCGUUCUCCUCAGGGAGAUUGCUGUACGUGAAGACGGUAGCUGGUCUGUUACUACACCAGUAUUACAAGGCACAAGUAAAGAAGUUGAGAUAACUGUAGCGGCUCAUGAUACAACCGGAGGGAUGGCGACCAAAAUAUCAGAAGCUGCAAUGAUUGCAAGACAAGGGGUUGAUGUCUACAUUGUCAAGGCAGCCACAAGUCACUCCAUAACUGCCUUGAGUGGAAGGUUGAAAGACGAUAUUCCAGAAGACUGGCUCGGAACAGUCAUAAGAUUUGUCAGAUAACAUAUAUAGGUGAAGUGAAGAGAGAUCCUAUUAUUUCUGAUUUUUGAUUCAUGUUGACAGUGGGGAGAGGAUAUUUCUGAUUUCAGAUGGCGGUAUGGAACACGUUUCAGAAAUGUAACCUGCAGAUUUGACUUGAAAUAGAAACGACUUCUUCCCCGGUGUUAAUACUUCAGCUCCUGGAAUCUUAACUUUAAUCUGUGUUCCCUCUGUCUGAUAUCAUUUGUUCUGUAUUUACUUUCUCAAUGUAACUUGUAUUCAAAGAGAAGAAAUUGUGAAAUUCUAUUGAAGAUCAUUUUCAGAUUAA